GAGCCCUGGGACGUGGAGGGGGGGCCAGCUCAGAAAGUGAGGUGACAGGGCAGAUGAUCUAAAAAGGUCACCAAGCCGGCCCCUCCUCCGGUGCUCGGCUCCCUCCCCCUGUGGCGGCUGGGUCAGGGAGAGGUUCUUGGGGGUCUUCUGUCGGGGGUGCGGCAGCCUGGACGCUCGCGGGACAAUCCCAGACCUGAGACCUGCCGCUGACAGACCUUGGUGGCCGCGGGCCGGAGUGGCGUGGUCAUGGGCCGAAGGGUGUGCGUGCUGCUGCUACUGGGCCUGCUGCACUGGGCCGGGGGCGGCGAGGGCAGGAAGACCUGGCGGCGCCGCGGCCAGCAGCCUCCUCUGCCGCCGCCCCCGCCACCUCCCCCGCAGCGAGCCGAGGCGGCGCCCGCCGCGGGACAACCAGUGGAGAGCUUCCCGCUGGACUUCACGGCCGUGGAGGGCAACAUGGACAGUUUCAUGGCUCAGGUCAAGAGCCUGGCCCAGUCCCUGUACCCCUGCUCGGCGCAACAGCUCAACGAGGACCUACGCCUGCAUCUCCUUCUGAACACAUCUGUGACCUGCAACGACGGCAGCCCAGCUGGUUACUACCUAAAGGAGUCCAAGGGCAGCCGGCGGUGGCUACUCUUUCUGGAAGGCGGCUGGUACUGCUUUAACCGGGAGAACUGCAACACCAGAUAUGACACCAUGCGUCGCCUUAUGAGCUCCAAAGACUGGCCGCACACGAGGACAGGAACCGGGAUCCUGUCUUCUCAGCCGGAGGAGAAUCCCCACUGGUGGAAUGCCAACAUGGUCUUCAUCCCCUACUGCUCCAGUGACGUUUGGAGUGGGGCGUCUUCCAAGUCUGAGAAGAACGAGUUUGCUUUCAUGGGCGCCCUCAUCAUCCAGGAGGUGGUGCGCGAGCUCCUGGGCCAAGGGCUGAGCGGGGCCAAGGUGCUGCUGCUGGCCGGGAGCAGUGCCGGGGGAACUGGGGUGCUGUUGAACGUGGACCGGGUGGCCGAGCAGCUGGAGGACCUGGGGUACCCGGCCAUCCAAGUGCGGGGCCUGGCUGACUCAGGCUGGUUCCUGGACAACAAGCAGUACCGCCGCACGGACUGCAUUGACACCAUCACCUGCGCCCCGACAGAGGCCAUCCGUCGGGGGAUCAGGUACUGGAACGGGAUGGUUCCGGAGCGCUGUCGGCGCCAGUUCAAGGAGGGGGAGGAGUGGAACUGCUUCUUUGGCUACAAAGUUUACCCAACUCUGCGCUGCCCAGUGUUUGUGGUGCAGUGGCUGUUUGACGAGGCCCAGCUGACCGUGGACAAUGUGCACCUCACGGGGCAGCCAGUGCAGGAGGGGCAGUGGCUGUACAUCCAGAACCUGGGCCGCGAGCUGCGCAGCACACUCCAGGAUGUGCCGGCCAGCUUUGCUCCUGCCUGCCUCUCUCACGAGAUCAUCAUCCGCAGUCAUUGGACAGAUGUCCAGGUGAAGGGAACCUCACUGCCUCGGGCACUGCACUGCUGGGACAGAAGCCUCCAUGACAGCCACAAGGCCAGCAAAGCCGCCCUGAAAGGCUGCCCCGUCCACCUCGUGGACAGCUGCCCUUGGCCUCACUGCAACCCCUCAUGUCCCACCAUCCGGGACCAGUUCACGGGGCAGGAGAUGAACGUGGCCCAGUUCCUCAUGCAUAUGGGCUUCGAUGUGCAGACCGUGGCCCAGCAGCAGGGACUGGAGCCCAGCAAGCUGCUGGGGAUGCUGAGCAGUGGAAGCUAGGGGAGCCUUCUGGAGAAGCAGCCAGCACCCAGGGCCAGGCCAGCCCUGCCCAGGGCCACCUCUUGGUGACUGGCAGGCCCUCCGCCUCUCCCAGGACCAGCCAGGAUUCAGCCACACCCACUGGGGUGUGGAUGCCCUGCGCCCAGCUCCUCUCCCGGUGCCCUCAGGAAGCCCAUCCAGAGGGCAGCCUGGAGACCUUUCCCACACCCACUGGCCUCCUCCCAGCCCCCAGCCCCCAGCCCCCAGCCGGUGGUGGGGAGGGGAGCCAGAAGCGAAGCACUGGAUCCCUCACCCAGCAGCCCAGACAGCGUCCAGCCACCCCGCUGAUCAUGUCCUUUUGUAUUAUUUUAUAAAAUGACUUUUUUAUGACUUUAAUAUUUUUAAGAAGGAACAUAAGCAAGAAAUAUAUGAUGAAUGAUA